UUCAUCGUAUCCAUGUGGCCUCCAAGAGAAGGCCGGCCUGAGCUCUGCUAGAGAGAUAUCCAUGGCUGGCAGUGGACCUACUAGGAUAUACCAGCCACCAUCAUGACCCAGUCAAUACUCAUCCAAGUUGGUCAGUGCGGUAACCAGAUUGGCUGUCGGUUCUGGGACCUUGCACUCAGAGAACACGCUCAAUACAACAAGGCUGGUGUAUUUGAUGGACCAAUGAGCAGCUUUUUCAGGAACGUGGACACAAGGUAUGCCAAUCCUGUGGAGAUACCUCUCGGGGACGGGAGGGCAAAGAUACGUGCACUCAAAGCUAGGGCUGUUCUGGUUGACAUGGAGCAAGGUGUAGUGGGGGAGCUCAUGAGGGGGCCUCUAGGGGAGGUCUUUGACCAUCAGCAGCUCAUUACUGAUGUGUCAGGCUCUGGAAACAACUGGGCUGUUGGUAAUCGCACAUACGGCUCACUCUACCGCGACCAGAUCACAGAGUCACUUAGGAAAGCAGCCGAGCAUUGCGACUGUCUCCAAUCGUUCUUCAUCAUUCACUCCAUGGGCGGAGGUACUGGGUCGGGUGUAGGGACAAGGAUUCUAGAGCUCUUGCAAGACCACUACCCUGAAGUCUACCGGUUCACUACGGCAGUGUUUCCCUCGGCAGAUGAUGAUGUUGUCACCUCCCCCUACAACAGUGUACUUGCUCUCCAUGAGUUGACAGAGAGAGCAGACUGUGUACUACCAGUAGACAACCAGGCCCUUAUGGACAUUUGUCACAAGGUAACCAAGACUGGGAGACCAGGGGGUGGUCUGGUGAAGGCAGGCAGUGAGAUCACCAGUGGAGCUAGAGGAGGAGAGAAACCAUUUGACUCCAUGAAUAACAUUGUGGCCAAUCUGCUCAUCAAUCUCACCAGUGCCUCCCGUUUUGAAGGCUCCCUGAACGUGGACCUGAAUGAGAUCACGAUGAACCUUGUACCCUACCCUCGGCUUCACUAUCUUGUAUCUGCCCUCUCCCCUCUUUAUGUCUCCCCGGACCUGCGACUACCCCCCAGGAAGCUUGAUCAGAUGUUCACUGAUGCCUUCUCAAAAGAGUUCCAACUACUAAAGGUGGACCCAAAACACUCCCUCUACCUUGCAUGUGCGCUGCUGUUGAGAGGCAACGUAAACAUGUCUGACAUUCGGCGCAAUAUCGAGCGUUUGCGGCCGUCCCUUCACUUUGUACACUGGAAUCAGCAGGGGUGGAAGACUGGUCUCUGUUCCGUACCACCCUCUGGCCAGCCCUACUCCUUACUGAGUCUGGCUAACAACACAUGCUUCCGGCACACACUCACUGACAUACAAGACCACUUCAACAAACUCUACAAGAGAAAGGCUCACCUGCACCACUACUCCCGGGUGGACGGCAUGGAGAUGGGAUUGUUUGGGGAGAGUAUGGAGUCCCUGAGCUCACUGGUGGAGGAGUACUCAUCACUGCAGGCCACCCUCAAUCAGCUGCAAGGGGACACUCCAAGAUUGAGAAUUAUGUGAUCUGUGCAUGUAUGUAUUAAUGUCUGCAUAAUAAUUACUAUUGUCGUAUCUUAUGUGCAAUGUAUUUUUAAUAUUGUGGUAUCAUUAUUCUCUCAAAUAUAUUCAUAUUGA